AUGGCCGACUCAUUAGCCUCAGCGCUGGGCCAGCUAGUUCUGAAUGCAAAGUCGCUGAGUCCUGAGUCCAUGGAAGCUCGACUUGUCGAAGAACAGAGUGGAACAUUUGAAAAACGCAAGCCUUGCAAACAAAACCGACAGAAUGCGGAGGAUCUCUUGAAAGAACUGGAAGAUGACUUCCUGACACCUUCAGCUAGCUUCAGCUCUAAGUGGCUGAAUCAACUGCAGAAGCGCUGGGGCGUCGAGACAGACCCAUCCGACCUCUUCGAAAUUGCACCCACACAAACACGCUCCGUAACCCGCUUCACAAGAGAAGGAUUAGAAGGACGGGUAACCGGAUAUCAGGAAAUCACAGUUCCUGCCUCAAGUGCCAAUGCCAAGAACUCGACUUCGCUUACGCGCCGGCCGGCUGGUCGUGCGGAUUUUGUUCGAGGUGCUGCUGGAUUUUUCCCUUUUGCACCGGGUGGUCUGGAAGGAGUUGAGGCUCUUGCUGAGAUGGAAGCGGGCGCAGAGUCUGGGGAUCAAUCGCGCUCAGGAAGACCGGGUGGCCUUGAUCGCAUCAUCAACUUUGGGGCUGAGGGUGGACUGUUGUCAAUACCCCCUGGAUUUGACCGUGGCAUGAGCUUUGAAGAAGCGAAGUUCAAUCAGAAUGCUAAGGAAGACGAGGAGGUUGAAAAUGCACUCAAUCAAGAGGAAAGUGAACUUAAGGCUGAUAAACCCGAGGAACCCCAAGAUACGGAUGGAGGGGUCAAAAUUGAGGAAGAGGGAGAAGUCAGUGAUGAAGAUGAGGAAGAUAUUGAUGCGUUGUUACCAGUGGAAUUUCCGUCACUUGAACCGCGUAACCCAUUGCUGUCAGGUCUUCAGAGACAGAAAGGCCGAGAGUGGGCACAUGUUGUGGAUGUAAACAAGGAAAUCACUAAUUUCCACGACCUGGUUCCCGACAUGGCCCGUGAAUGGCCAUUCGAACUUGACACUUUCCAAAAAGAAGCCGUUUACCAUCUUGAGAAUGGUGAUUCAGUUUUUGUGGCCGCCCAUACAUCAGCCGGAAAGACAGUUGUGGCAGAAUAUGGCAUUGCCCUGGCAGCAAAGCACAUGACCAAAGCAAUUUACACCUCGCCUAUCAAAGCACUCAGUAAUCAGAAAUACCGAGAUUUCCGUACCGAAUUCGACGAUGUGGGUAUUCUGACGGGUGAUGUCCAAAUCAAUCCCGAGGCCAGCUGUCUGAUUAUGACAACUGAGAUUUUGCGAAGUAUGCUUUACCGAGGUGCAGAUCUUAUUCGUGAUGUUGAAUUUGUUAUCUUUGAUGAGGUGCAUUAUGUAAACGAUCAAGAGAGAGGUGUUGUCUGGGAAGAAGUUAUCAUCAUGCUUCCAGAGCAUGUAACCCUCAUUCUUCUAUCUGCCACUGUACCUAACACCCACGAAUUUGCAUCCUGGGUCGGUCGAACAAAGAAGAAGGACAUUUAUGUUAUCUCAACACCCAAGCGACCUGUACCUUUGGAACACUAUCUCUGGGCCGGGAAAGAAAAGUACAAGAUCGUUGACUCCAACAAGAAGUUCAUCGAAGGUGGCUGGAAGAAGGCCAAUGAGGCUAUGUCUGGCAAGGACAAGGACAAGGCCAAAAAGGAGGCUGAAGCUCAGGCACAAGCCCAGAAUCAGCGAGGAGGGGGAGGAGGUCGGGGAAAUGCCAGAGGUGCUCCUCGAGGAGGUGGCCAGCGUGGAGGUCAACAGCAAAGAGGUGGACGCGGACAAGGUGGGCGAGGCCAGCCUUCCAAUCGGGGGACUGGUAACAUUGCUCGUACUGGACGUGGAGGUGGCCGUACGACUGCUGCGCAAGAUAAAAACGUUUGGGUCCAUCUCGUUUCGCAUCUCCGCUCAAAAGAUCUUCUCCCAGGUUGUAUUUUUGUUUUCUCGAAGAAACGGUGCGAGGAAAACGCAGACUCGUUGUCCAACCAGGACUUCAGCAAUGCUACAGAGAAGAGUUUGACUCAUAUGUUCAUUGAGAAGUCCCUCACCCGACUGAAGCCCGAGGACCGCACCCUUCCCCAAGUUAUUCGCCUCCGAGAGCUUUUGAGCAGAGGUGUUGCUGUGCAUCACGGUGGUCUUCUUCCAAUCAUGAAAGAGGUGGUCGAGAUUCUCUUUGCCAAGGGCCUGGUCAAGUGCCUUUUCGCGACAGAAACUUUCGCUAUGGGUCUGAACUUGCCCACCAGGACAGUUGUCUUCUCCGGAUUCCGUAAACAUGAUGGCAAAUCUUUCCGGGAUUUACUGCCUGGUGAGUACACACAGAUGGCCGGACGUGCGGGGCGUCGUGGUCUCGAUACAGUAGGAUAUGUGAUUCUUGCGACAACGGGCAGAGAUGAAGCACCACCUGCUGCCUCUCUGAAGAAGAUGAUUCUCGGAGAACCCACCAAGCUAAGAUCCCAAUUCCGACUUACGUACAACAUGAUUUUGAAUCUUCUUCGCGUGGAAGCCCUUAAGAUUGAGGAAAUGAUCAAGCGGAGUUUCAGCGAGAAUGCUACACAGGCUCUCCUACCGGAACAUGAAAAGCAAGUCCAGCUAUCUGAAGCUAGUCUCGCCAAGAUUAAGCGAGAACCCUGCGACAUCUGUGACUUGGAUUUGGAAGCAUGCCAUGAAUCUGCGAUAGAGUUUGACAAGUCAACAGCUGAACUACAUACAAGUCUGCUGGCAUCGCCUGUUGGAAAACGACUAUUCUCUAUGAAGCGACUGGUUGUGUACAAGAAGGAUGGAUUGCGCACGGCGGGUGUCCUCGUGAAAGAUGGUGUUACUGGAGGUGCUAUGCCCUGCUUACAUGUCCUUGAAAUUGGCACAGUUGGAAGCAAACGGAGUCCGAGUGACAUUCUCCCAUUCGUCCCAGUCUUCCGACCACACUUCGAGGCCCUUCCGUCCAGUGCUGCUUCUAUGCAGCUGAAAGUGGCUAAAGUCCCACUCGCCGACCUCGAAUGUGUCACAAACACACAGGUCAAGGUUGGAGGGCCGAUCUGGUACCUGAACAUCAAGAAAGGUACGGAUCGAUUUACGCCAGAAGGCGGACAAGUGCGCUUACAAGAUAUUCCGACAGAGGCCGCCAAGUUCGGUGACAAGGAGUUGACCAAAUUUACCAAAUCGUGGGUCAAUUCAGCGUGGGAUGAGAUAGACUGGUCCCGUAUCAAGGAGCUGCAAGUUCGUGAUAUUCUCAGCAAGCGGCAAGCCCAGGCACAAAUCAUACAAUCCGCUCGCUGCCUGUCGUGUCCAAACUUUGUCAAACAUUUCGAAAUGCAAAAUGACGAGUGGCAAGUUAAGGAGAACAUCUCGCAACUCAAGCAGCUGAUGUCGGAUCAAAACCUUCAAUUACUUCCUGACUACGAACAACGCAUUGAAGUGCUGAAGGAACUUGGAUUCGUUGAUGAUCAAUCUCGCGUGCAGCUGAAGGGCAAGGUCGCUUGUGAAAUCCAUUCCGCUGACGAAUUAGUAUUGACUGAAUUGAUUCUGGAGAACGUCCUCGCAGAAUUUGAGCCCGAAGAAAUCGUUGCGCUCCUAUCUGCCUUCGUCUUCCAAGAGAAGACUGAGAGCACUCCUACCUUGACCCCUCGCCUGGAAAAUGGCCAAAAGACCAUUAUCCGCAUCGCCGAGAAGGUGAAUAACUUCCAAAUUCUACACCAAGUGAUCCAAUCUAGUGAAGACUCCAACGACUUCGCCAGUCAGCCCCGAUUUGGUCUAGCUGAGGUGGUUUACGAAUGGGCCAAAGGAAUGUCGUUCAACCGCAUUACCGACCUGACCGACGUUAUGGAAGGUACGAUAGUCCGCUGUAUCACUCGACUGGAUGAGACAUGUCGUGAAGUAAAGAAUGCGGCCAAGCUUAUUGGAGACCCCUCUCUGUACACUAAGAUGCAACAGGCACAAGAGUUGAUCAAGCGGGAUGUGAUUUUUGCCGCGUCCUUGUACAUGUGA